UCAAAGAAAGGGUAAGAAUGGAAUAUGGCCACUUCACACAAACACAYUGGAUAGUCUCAACGCCGGAUUUCCUCACACCCCAUCAUAACCAGAUGACUGCAGUACUGGAGACAGGAGACAGCCCGAUGCCUUUCAUACCGGACGAAUGGUUCUUUUCGCAGGAGGGUAAAGUAAUAAGGAUAACAGUGUCUAGCAAAACCAAUCCGCUCUGCUUCAAGUGCAGACAGAGAGGCCAUCUGGGCACGGACACCAACUGCCCGAAAACAAGGGAGAAUGCCAAACCGAAGACCCUCAAAACUGCAAACCUGCAGGAAGUGCCGAAUAAGCAGGGUUACUGGUUUGUUCCAGAAGCCCAAUAUGCAGGCUGGGUCUUCAAUGACAACCUCGAUUCACCGGACUGGGUGUGGACCAUAGCGGGCGAACCAACCCCCAGGCCAGAAGUUUACCCACCGUACGACAGCAAGUGGCAAGCACUGAAAACAGAAAAAACGGCUCCCAAGAGCUUUACCAGGGACCCAAUCAUCAAUGUCGAAGCCCUCAAACAGGAAAUUUGGGAAAAAGACCUCUGUGCUGAUCUGCAAACAAUCCAGGAAACAAAAGAAAGAGAGUGGGUAGAAGCUGUCAAGAGACACCAGGAGGAGGAAAAAUCAAAAGGGGAACUCCCCAAACAGAGAACAUACCGCAGAAAGGGAAAGAGAGGACAACAAAGGUCUGAGGAGGAACAAACAGGGGGCAAGGAAGGGAUGGAUGAGACUAUGGAUGAAGAUGAGAAGGCUGCAGACCAGGGGGAACCCGGGGGGGGAGCACGUCCUAGUGUGGGGGCAAAGAGAAAACACACAGAUGGGCAAAGGGACAGAGAAGACUCGGUUGAGGAUCAUGGGCAAUCUGGCGAAGACUCUUACCCAUGGUCUGACCGGCAGGAAAAGGAACUGUUUGACUACAUCCAGAGCUAUGAGAAGGUGAGACAAGAAAAAUUUGAACUGCAGCUAAUUCUACACAAGGAAGAACAAAAGAACAAGCUGAAAACAACAGCUCCGAACACAUCCCAACUGAUCCCACUAUCAGAGACCCAUUCGCGCCUCUGGAGAGGGAAGAAGAACUGUCAGCAUUCUUGGCGGAAAAAUACUGUGAAUCCAAAGAAGACCAAAUCAUGGAAGCAGCAGAGAAAGGAGGGAACGAAAAGGCUGAAAAGACUGGGAAGAAACAAAGCACGGGGGAAGAAACAAAGCACGGGGGGGAAUCUGCAGAAGUACAAACCUUCACAAAAUUUGCAGGAGCAGACGGACCAGUCUGAGAAAGAGAAGAGGGAGGGGAAAGAGCUCCUAAGCAAGGGCCUAACAAGGGAAAUGCAGCUGGGCAUCCAAGCGGAAGCUUUAUGUGCUCAAAACAUGAGACUGACUGAUCUGAACAGAGAGAUUGCGCUGCGCACAGUGACAGUCCAGGACCUGCAGCACAAAGAACACGAGACCUUUUGGGAAAGAGCCAAAAAGGAGGCAAGCACGCUCCUUCCAUCACGGGCAAUCAUCCCAAUACAAUGGGACCCGCUAGAGGAGCAAUGGAAAGUGGCAGUGCAAGAGAAUCUCUYUGUWCUCASAUGGCAAUUAGGCCAAAWAAAGGAGGAUGUAYUGAAGAAAGUUACCAAAGGGAAAGCAGCAAGCAUCACAGGCCUGGUAGGCAAAACGAGACAGGUGGGCCAACAGAAACAGAUGGACAUUACAGGCAAUGUUGAAGGGAGGGAACAGGAUCAAUAUGAUGCCAGACCGCUGCUAAUAGUCCUAGAGCAAGAGGCAAACCUGGUGGACGAGCUGAAAUGGAGACCAUGGUGGUGGGUGGCCUCACUACCUGUAAUAGCACUAGGCAACGAGACUACGCUAACGCAGAAUGCAGCAGCAUGGGCCGCCUUGCUGGAAUCAGAGGUACUGGAGCAGAAUGAGGAUGAUCUCCCAGCACAGUUAGUCCCGCACGAGGAAGCGUCGGAGUCUAGCACCCAGACCUGAACCARAAUACUAAAWCCCCAAUGAAACUGCACGRAGGUA